AUGCCAGAGCCAACCAUUGCAAAGAAUGUCAGUAAAAUUUCGAGUCAGCUGAAAGAUGGUGUCAAAGGUUUGUUUCCACUUUUCGGAUUGAUCGCUUACACAGUGCUCGGAGCAAUUCUUUUCCAAGAGCUCGAGUAUCCUUAUGAGAAGUUCACUUUGGAAACUCUUCAAAAAGAUAGAGCAAAACUUGUAGAGGAUACCAUUUUUUCCUUAAAUACUCGUCCAAGAGGUGGAGCAAUCAAUGACUAUAAUAACACGAGACGGAUUUUACUGCGGUAUAACGAAAAACUGGGGUUAGAUGAGGUCGAUCCUGAAGCUCAAGUACGCUGGAGUUUUUGGGGGUCUGUCUUCUAUUGUAUGACUGUAUAUACUACGAUUGGAUAUGGUAAUAUCGCUCCAGUCACUACAGGAGGUAGAAUCUUGACCAUAAUAUACGCAUUUCUCGGAAUCCCUCUGGCUCUCAUUGUGCUCUAUUCUUUGGGUCUCAUAUUUGCAAGAAUAUGUCGGUGGCUCUGGAAAGCCCUGAUCAAAUCAACAAAAGUUGUUUCCAAAGACUUAGGACAGAAAGUAGAAGAUGCUGUUGGAAUCGAAGAAGGACAAGCCAAAACAGCUGAAAAUGAUGAUGAUGAUCUUCUGUCUUUCCCUAUCAGUUUUCUGAUUUUUGUGACUGUUAUGUGGAUUUUCAUUUGUGCUGCCAUUUUCCUCCUUUUCGAAGAAUGGGAUUACGGUACUUCCCUCUAUUUUACUCUCAUUUCUUUCACUACGAUCGGAUUCGGAGAUAUUGUACCUUCGGAAUUCUCUUACGUUGUUGUUGUGGCCUUAUUACUUUUGAUAGGACUCUCUCUGGUGUCCACAGUUUUGACCCUCAUUCAGCAGCAGAUUCAAGCCCUUGCCAGUGGGAUGCAAGAAAAUAUUGACCGUGAAUAUAUGAAUGCUUUGGCAGAAGCUGCGGAUGAAGGAGAAAUUUCUGAUGAGGACGUACGCAAGAUGAGUAGUGGGGAUAUUUUGAAAAAUCCUGAAGAUCAGAAAACGAAGAAAACCAUGGACGCCGUAAUCUCUAGAAUGCCCAUGAAAGAAAGAGUUCUCUAUCACAUUAUGCCAGCUUCUGCUAAGAAGGCUCUCGAACAAAGUGCUGAUAGCAAAUCUCGUAGAAGGACAUGCGCUUGCCAAACUGACAUGGUUCUAUUAGAGGAUUUAAUUAAGGAAGAACUACUGAAAAUGGAACUACAGUCAGGAUCAUCUAUCAUGGAUAGAUCUGCUGGUAGAAUGUCCGAAAAGACUCCCAUCACUCCCACUUCACCUAGUGGUCCAUCCACUAGUUUUGUCAUGCCUAGCCGCACAACUAAAUUCCAAAGCCAGAACACUGAAGAGGAAGAAGUAGAGGACGCACCCAGAGCCCCCGUUCGAAGCUUCAAAAUAGAGAAAGUCACACCCAUAGAACAGUCAGCUGAACCAAGCACCAUCACAACCACAUUGAUUAAAGAGGAUGAUGUGUAA